UUUUUAAUUAUUCUUUAAAUAAAUUUAUAUUAAUAGCUACAUUGAUUUAAUAAUUAUCGCGCAAAAAUGUGACCUAUCAUUGAAAGAGUGGUAGACGGGGCAUAAAAAUAACAAAAAAAACUCGAAUUAAAAGCAAUUGGAUUGGAAGAAUCCCUCAUUCUCCGGUUGGUCCAUUUCUUUCUCUCACUCUCAAAAUUCACUCUCUCUGUAUUGAACCUUUCAGACACACCUUUGCUGUGCUGUACUGCUACUGUUCAGUGCUCAGUUCCCUCUGCUUCUUUCCCGCAUUUACUGUCAAACCCCAUUUUUUGUACUCAUGACCACCAUUUCCAACCACCUCCUUUCUCCCUCAUCUUUCCUCUGCGCUCUUCAGCUCAUCUGUGACUGAGAUUUGCGCACUUAAUUGGUUGGAAUUUGGAAACAAAGUGUUGUUAGGGAUUUGAGAUUAUAGAGGGAGAAAGAGGAGAGAGAGAGAGGUGAAAAUGGAGGGAAGGAUGAAGAAGUACAGGCAAGUUAGUCCAGAGAGAGCAAAAGUGUGGAAGGAGAGGUCGCCGAAGUACGUGCAGAAUCGUAAAGUACCGGUUGUUUAUUAUCUGUGUCGAAAUCGACAGCUCGAACAUCCUCAUUUUAUUGAGGUUCCUAUAUCCUCUCCUGAGGGUCUCUAUCUAAGAGAUGUGAUUGAGAGGCUAAACAAUCUGAGAGGAAGAGGCAUGGCUUCAAUGUAUUCAUGGUCUUCUAAAAGAAGCUACAAGAGUGGGUUUGUUUGGCAUGAUCUCUGUGAAGAUGAUCUCAUACUUCCGGCACAUGGAGAUGAGUAUAUUCUCAAGGGUUCCGAGAUCAUUGAAGAUUCCAACUCAGAUCGUUUCAGCCCGGUAGCUGUUUACAGGAUGCACAACUUAAAACAAUUACCUGAACCACCUACUUGCAGAAGUCACGAGGAUACAUCCCCUUCCAUGAGCACGGAUGACAAGAGCACAGAUGACAAAGAAACAAAGCAUCCUCAUGAAGAUGAGACAUCCCCUCCAUCUCAACGUUCAGGUUCCUCAGCUGUUUCUCCUGACUCAAGAGCAGGGAGCCACUCUCCAUGGGGUGCUUCCUUAAGUCUGACAGAAUACAAGUUACCCAAGAGUGAAGGUGCAGCCGAUGCUUCUACUCAGACUGAGGAAAAUCCGAGACAAGUUAAUCAGAAAGAAACCUGUACUCGAGGUGUUUCUACAGAUGAUGGGACAUUAGGUGGUGAACAACAUGAGGACACCCAGAAUCAUGCUGAUAGCUCAAAACAGAAUCCAGAGAUCAGUGGAAAUUCUGUUUCGCCACCAACUUCCUCAAGUGCAUCUUCAUCUGGUGGAAAAGCUGAAACAUUGGAAUCUUUAAUUAGGUCUGAUUUAAGUAAGAUUAACAGCUUCAGAAGACUUGAAGUGGAAGAUAUGCAGAUGCCAUCCAGCAGCAAAAUGAAAGCGUCAAACAUGUUGAUGCAGCUGAUUUCUUGUGGGUCAAUAUCAGUGAAAGAUCAUAGUUUUGGGCUGAUACCUCUCUACAGGCCGAGAUUUUCUGAUUCAAAAUUUCCUUCCCCUCUAUAUUCUACUUCGGUAAUGUUAGGGGAGCUUGAUUGCUUGUCAGACAACUCAAGGUUAAUGGGUCUCAGAUUGGAAGAUAAGGAGUACUUUAGUGGAAGCUUGGUUGAGACUAAAAUGCCAAAGGAACAAGGGGACGGGCGUACUCUUAAACGGUCUUCUUCAUAUAAUGCUGACAGAUCUUCUAAAAAAUUUGAUUCGGUUGAUAACAAUGGAGAGGCAACCUCAACAAAGACUAAAUGCAUUCCAAGGUCCAUCAAAACCUCUUUAAGCAAGCCAAGAAGCGAGUCAUUGAGAUCACCCAUAUCAGAUAAACCUAGGGUGUCUUCUGAUGGAAGCCGUGAAUCACGGGUCAUAUCUCAUGAUAUGGCAAAUGGUGGCAGUAAAAGGAUGUCAGAGCCUUCCUCAGGGAAGAAUCCGUCAACAAGAGUAAAUUCCUUCAGAGAAGAGGAGAUUCAGGAGAAGAUCAUUAAAAUCGAAGAAAGGCUGGCUUCAGGAGCCCGGAUUAUUAUUCAAUCCAAAGAGAACUAACAUUGCCUGCUGUAAAACUGUAAGUCCUCGCCUUCUCGGACAAUCAAGAUACUCUUUACACAGGUCUGAAUGGCAGCCAUUAGAUUGUUGGCGGGACAAUUCGACGAAUCUGUAAAAAUGAGAAAAAGGGAGGGAAAUUUAAGAUGAAAAAAAUCCUUUGGGAGAUUGGGGGUUGAGGGUGUGGUAAAGUACAGCUGAGGUGGUCCUACUGCUUUGAUAUACAUAACUGUUUUCCAAAUGUUAGGUGCCCUGAAGAUGUAGAGUACUGUAGUUGUGCAGUGAAAGUAUCAUUCCAAAUUUUCUGCUACUGCUGUCCUGCAUGUUGUCUCACAAAUAGCUUAGCUUGUAACAGUAAAAAAGGUAGGGCAACCAGCAUCUUGUCUCUUUGUUAAAUUCUUGUCUAAAAAAGAAAGUUUUGUUUUAUUCUUCUGAAAUGUUUCUCCUGGAAUUUAUGAGCAUAUGUAGGUGUGUCCAAAUCAAUGUACCAUAAAUAUGAAUGAAUUAAUUAAAUGUUGUAAUGUUGGCUUAGAUUCGGCGCAAAAUCUUGUAUGAAAUGAACUUAUAGUAAUUUUAUUGUGAGGUCGUUGUAA